CACACAUCCAUGAACACAACACACAAGGCCCCUUAUCUCUCUCUCCCUGUCUCUCUCUCUCUCUCACACACACACACAAACAAAGUAAUUAAGAAGACCAACCAUGGAGAUCAAGUUAGACAAAACCCUAUCAACCGCCAUGAAUGCAAGAAUCAUAGGUUCAGGAAAAGAAACUAUGGUUCUAGGUCAUGGGUUUGGUGGAGACCAAUCUCUUUGGGGUAAGAUUCUCCCUGCACUUACUCAAACCUACCAAGUUGUUGUGUUUGACUGGAGUUUCUCUGGUGCAAUUAAAGAACCAAACAACCUUUAUGAUCCGGCCAUAUACAGCUCCUAUGAUGCUUUUUCCGAUGACCUAAUCUCCCUCAUGGAGGAGCUCAAUCUCUAUUCGACAGUGUUCGUCGGCCACUCGAUGUCCGGCAUGAUCGGAUGCAUUGCUUCCAUCAAAAAGCCUCACUUGUUCAAAAACCUCAUCCUUGUUGGAGCAUCUCCAAGGUACCUAAAUUCUGAAUGCUAUGAAGGAGGCUUUGAUAUGAAAGACCUUGAACAACUAUUCUCAAGCAUUGAAUCAACCUACUAUGAAUGGGCAUCCUUCUUCCCUUCAGUCGUUAUAGACAAAAAUGACUUGGAAUCUGUCAAAAUGUUUCAAGAGAGCUUGAAAAGAAUGAAACCCGAGAUUGGUCUUUCGUUAGCUAAAACCGUAUUCUUAUCGGACUAUCGUGGCAUCCUUGAAAAGGUUGUGAUCCCAUGCACCAUAGUUCAAACAACAAAAGAUUUAGUGGUUCCACUCUCAGUUGUCGAGUAUAUGAAGAGAAUGAUCAAAGGAAACAUUGCUGUUGAGAUGAUUGAUACUGUUGGACAUUUUCCUCAACUCACAUCCCCUCUUCAGUUUCUUGAAAUCUUUGAUCGACUAGAAAAUACUAACGUCUCGAGUCUUUGAUAGAGUGACGGCAUAUGAAUUCGGGGCAAUGGUUUUUAGCACUUUAAUUACUUUCUUAGGGAUAUUUUUUGUUUAAAUUUUGGGGGUUUUCUGAUGAUAUAGUAUGCAAUGAAUGUGUGUUGAUGGUUGGUUUGUGGCAGAUAUCCUAGAUGUUCUUGUGGUCAUUGUAUUGCUUGAAAUGUAUUAGUUGACUUUUCAGUCAAUGUAUGCAAUUUGUUAAAUUGUCGUUGUGUUGUUGUAAUGCUAAAAAUUGUUCUCUAUAAAGUCUUGUCCUUGAUUGACGAUUUGGAUUUCAA